AUGCGGUGGUCUUUGCUAUUCACUUUAAUAGUAUCCCUAUUCCUAUUGGGGACAUUGGCAGCGCCGGCUUCGGGCCCACGACGUGAUGAAGUCACCAAUCUUGAGGCCAGACAGGAGAAGGAAGCCAAUCUUGAGGCCAGACAGGAGAAGGAAGCCAAUCCUACAACCAGCGAUGCUGAGACGGCAACUCAAACAGAUGUAUCAAAAACAGUAACCGAUGCGUCAACAGCCGCCGAGGCCACAGCGACAGGCAGUACUGCCUCGACCACUACUCUAACGCAUGCCACAACCAAUGCUACGACCACUACUUCUGCCGCUUCCGCCACCUCGACUGUGCCCUCGCUCGAUGGAACAACUGCAUCUUCUGAGCAGGAUGCGGCAGACUCCGCUAGGCCAACCUACUCUGGUGGUCUGCCAAUCAAACCGACAAUCACGCCGGCAUGGGGUGUUGGGGGAUUUAUACUAAUAGCUCUCGGAGCCGUGCUCACUUUCAUUGGUGUCCGCAAACAAUGGGUGCAAAUCUUCCUGUCAACCGGAUUCCUUAGCGCAUUGGGAGUUACCGUCCUUAUUAUUUAUGUAAUGAGCCCACCGGUAAGCAACGCCGUUCAGGGGGGCUAUCUCGUCGCCGUCUUCUUCACCGGUGCAGUAUUCGGUGGUCUAUCACUUGUCUUCAGAGAAAUCUGCGAAGGACUGGGCUGUCUUCUGGGCGGUUUCUGUCUGAGUAUGUGGUUCCUUGCGUUGAAAGCUGGCGGUCUUCUAAGCGAAGGUGGCCCCAGGGCUGGCAUGAUCAUUGCUUUUACUGUGGGAUUCUAUUCCCUCUCAUUUAGCCACUAUACAAGACCGUACGGGCUGAUCGGAUGCACGUCGUUCUCCGGUGCAACUGCCAUGGUCAUUGGAAUCGAUUGCUACAGCAGAGCUGGGCUGAAAGAGUUCUGGUUAUAUAUAUGGGGAUUGAACCAAAAUGUCUUCCCUCUCAGAACGGACACUUACCCCGUGACGCGUGGUAUUCGUGUUGAGCUCGCUGCGACUAUAAUCAUUUCCGUUCUGGGGGUGAUCUCCCAGGUCAGACUUUGGAAUCUCAUCAAGGAGCGCAGGGCCAAGGAAGAAGAUUCCCGCCGGGCACACACCCGAAAGAUCGAAGAAGAAGAUGCCGAAGCCGGUCGCCGCCUCGAGGAAAAGAAUAUCCAAGAGCGCGCCGAAUGGGAACUCAUUUACGGAAACGGAAAGCCUGCGGAUGGCAAAGCCGUUUCGGUUUCGGAGACUGCUGUCGGUGAUUCGCGACGGGGCUCGGAUGGAUUCGAGUCCUCUGACAACGACAAGGAGAGGGAGAUUGAGCUCAAGGACAUGCCGAGCCCCGAUGCUUCUGGUAGUGCCUCUGACGGCGGGAAGAACCGUCAGGGUGAAGACGAUCGCGAACUAGAAGCUGUGCCGGAGGAGGAUCCAUCCCAGCAGGGACAGUCACGAGAUGCAGAUAAGGAAAAGGAUGCCGAGAAGGAGGGUCAAUCUGAAGGAAAGACCCCAAGACCUACUACACCUGUUGUUACUCAUGUCCUUGGCGAGGUCAACGAUGACUGCUCUGAGAACGGUGCUGACAUCGGCUCGGAGGUUGGUACGCCGCGCUCGAAACGGUUCUCUGGCAGAGAAAUGUUGAACCGGCUCUCCUGGCGGAACAGCAAUGGUGUGAUGACUGCUUCACAAUCCCAGGAGAAUCUGGUGAACCACGAUGAUGCCAAUUCUUCCGUAUUGGGAGUUGUGGAUGAUCUCCAUGAGAUGAGCGCCGGCUGCCCAAGUGUUAUCUCGGAUGCGGAUGUUCACGAUCGCGUUGAGCCAACGCAGCCAACGCAGCAAGAAACUAGCACCGCCGAGCUAGCACCAGAGAAGGACUCGACAGAUGUGGAGAUCAAGUCAAAUGCCGGUCCACAAGCGGUCCCAGAUGUUGAACCCCGUGUUGAUACGGCUAUAGCCCAAAAGGACGUUGAGAAAGUGAGUACCAAAGAAAUCACUGUCAGCGACACUGUUCCGCAAGUGACACCCGUCGAGAGCACUGUUGUUGCCCACUGUCCUUCGGAGAAGCCCGGGAUUUCCCAAGUGUCGGAGAAGCCUCAAUCGCCAGAAGCCCCCGCAACAGAUGUCCAAGCCGACACUCCAGGUGCUUCAAGGAAGACCGAAGAAUUCAAGUCCGAGGCUACAUUGGAGCCGUCACCUCUGAGCGAUGCAGAAAGGGAAACGGUGAAAGAGGUCAAUGAAGACCAACCUCCUACUAAAACCAUCAAACCCGAGUCCAUUCCUGAAUCGAGUGUUGUAUCUUUGCCCGAGCCCAAGGGUGAGCAAAAGAUCAAAGUGCUCAAGAAACUGGACGCAUCAACCGUCAAAUGCAUCCCCGAGCAAACAUCACGAGUGAUCCAUUCGUACCGCACGAACGAAUGGGCCAAGCACCUCGCAGAUGCCGACACCCCUGAGAUGGAGCCGAUCGAGUUCGAACCUGAACCUGAAGCAGAAUACACAGAGGAAAUUCAAGAGACUGCAGCAUUUGUUGAUGUAGGCGGUCUUCUCCAGACGCCUCUUACUGCACAACCACCACCAAUUGUGAACAGGCCUGAAUCCAAUGGUAUGGACAAUCAACCACCCGUCUAUAUUUCAUCGGUACCCUCGCCAGAUAUUCCGCAAUCCAAGACACGGACCGGCGCGCAAGGUCUCACCACAGCGAAGCCAACUUUAAUCCGCAAUGACUCGACAGCUUCGGUCAACGUGCUACGUUCAGCAUCUGGCCCACUUCCAACCCUGGAAUCGGGAUUGAGGUCGAUCCGCAAUACAUCGACUCCCCUGUUGACGAUCACUACUCCCAACGAGCCCAAAGAAACGGAGCCAUCACCACGCUGGAACGGGCCGCCUCCCCUCCUCGCAGUCCGCGAGGACAUGGUCCGAAACCGCAUGUCCUCAACAUCCAACCGCUUCGAUCCCUGGGCUGCACGCAACCUCUCCCACCAGUCCCUGCCUGAAAUGACGCCCGUCGUCUCCCCAGUUUCACCGCCGCUCUCCAUCCCCGAAGAAAGGGGGGUAGAACGCCAAGCCCAACCGAACGAGGAUGACAUCCCACUUUCAAAGCGGCGCGCCCUACUACAGCGCCAGACAGCGCAGUCCCCUGCAACAAGCCCUCACAACCUCGAGGCUGCCCCAUUUUCUUUGUAUCCCCAACCAGCUCCCACUGCCGAACUGAACCUGUCUGCUUCAAGAAUGGCAGUGUGGCGACAGUCGGUCCGCGAGGAAAUCGCCCAAAAGCGAGAUCCUUUGGCCCUCCAGUCCCCGCCCAUCAGCCCAGCCAGCCCUCUGGACCGGCCGCGCAGUGCAUGGAACUCUGUUCAGCAGAUGCGCGAGGCCUCGUCUACUCAGAUAGGCGAUGCCAUCGCAGAUGGCAUGCAGCGUGGCAGCAUGACGGAUCUACACCGUCAGGCAAUGCGUCUCAAUCGCGCACCCGUGGAGUCAACUCCGUCCUUCGUUCGCGCCCAGCGGCGACAGUGCGUCCCGAUCUCAGGCCCGUCGUUGCUGCUUCGCCCACCAGCAGUCCGACUCGCAAACCCAGUCAACUACGUCCCACGAAUAACCCCAAUAACCGUCCACCCACAUCGAUCCGACGAGAGUCUCCCACUCGGCUUCAACCACUCACGCGACGCCCAUCCCCUCCUCAGCGUCCCAGAGCGACGCCGCAGCCGCCUAACCCCAUCCCCGAGCAGCCUACUCGUCGAGCGCAGCCAGGGGGAAACAGAAAGUGGCCGGACUAGCAUUGCUUUGCCCCCACGACAUCGUCGCAGCGAAGACUUCGCCCGCACAGAAAUGGCGUUCGUGGGCAGCGGAGCGCGGGAAACCGAGAACCUGCGCCCUCCCGAAGCUGUCCAUCUCACGCAGAACGGAACUCGUCAGAACGACCGUGCGCGCUACGCUCAGUCACAGACCUCCCUUCGCUCCCAGUCCCAGGUCGCUUCUGUCCCCUCCAAUACCGGUCUCCCGCCCGCUGAUGUCGCCGAGGAACUUGCUUGGGGCCCGGCUCACCCCUGUUUCCCGCAUAUUAAUCCCCAUGUACCUAUCGGGUCGCGGGAGCAUAUGACAACGCGUGUGGUUCGUAUCCGGCGCGAUUGGAUGAUUAAGGGUGAUUUGGCGCCGACGUUUUCGAAUCUGUAUCCUGAGAUUCUUGAUCCGUUGUUGUCGGAGCAGGAGUUUCGGAGGGUGAUUUCUACCGUUAAUGAUGGUAUUAUCAAGGCAUUUGAUCCGUUCAGUCUUCGGAAUUGGUUUGACGGCGUGCUGGGCUUGUUGACUGGCUGGGUAUGGGAUGAUCUCAAUGCCCCCGGGGCAAAAAGCCAGUUGCAGCAUGUUGAGGCUUGGUUGGAGAAUUGGAACCGCGAGGUCGGCGCCAAGGAUGGUGUCCAUAUUUGGAGCUUGAGACGGACAGCGUAUAUGUCACUUGAUAUCCAGAUUCCCGAUCCCAAGGUUGGCAUUGUACCCAGUGAGGCACCUUCGGCUCCUAAUACUAGGCCGAGUACUGGUAUUGGGGCUGGAUCUUGA